AUGUACAUGUAUACCAACUCUGGGUGCCAGGACCUGCCAGGGACCAGAGAGGAGGAGGAGGAGGAGGAUGGUGAUGAUUAUGAGAACAUGGCGCCACCCUACAAGGAUCUUCCUCCCAAGCCAGAUUCACUGGCUCCACCAAGGCCUCCGAGAGCAGGAAAGAAAAUGGAGAACCCCCCACUUCCCUGCAAGUCCCCAAAGAUCAAAGGCCUGGACUUCACCCCUGUCCCCCGCAUAUCUCCUCAACUGGGUGUCAAUCUGGAGCAUCCUCCGUUCCAGUCAUCCCUAGCUAUAACUCCAGUGACCCACCUCAGUCAGAAGUCCAGGUGUCCUGGGUGCUACCAGGAGGAGAGACUGGUGGUGUAUCUGUGCCUGCUGGUUGUGGUGUCACUGCUCCUGGGCUGCACUGGUCUGGCUGUGACCCUGAUUAAGUACCAGGAGAUGGUGGAAGAGCUGAAGAUAUUAACCUUUCAGCAGAUGGCGUGGCAAGCAAAUGUGACUGGCAUGGCGGGGAUAGCUGGCCUGAAGAAGGACAUUGACCACAUAAGAACUUACACCAACCAGUCCCUAGUAGAACUUCGGGGCUUAUUAGACUGUACCAAGGUCUCCUGCCCAGAGGGUUGGCUACCCUUUGAGGGGAAGUGUUACUACUUCUCCCCAACCACCAAGUCAUGGGAUGAAGCCCGGAAGUUCUGCCAGGAGAAUUACUCUCACUUGGUCAUCAUCAGUAGCUUUGCUGAACAGAACUUUGUGGCCAAGGCUCAUGGCUCUCCUCGGGUGUACUGGCUGGGGCUGAAUGACAGGGAACAUGAAGGGGACUGGAAGUGGCUGGAUGGGUCACCUGUCACUCUGAGCUUUUGGGACCCGGAGGAACCCAACAACAUCUAUGACGAGGACUGUGCCAGCAUGAACAAAGGUGGCACCUGGAAUGACCUCUCUUGUGACAAGACUACAUAUUGGAUCUGUGAGCGGAAGUGUUCCUGUUGA